GCUCGGUGCUAUUUUUACCGGCCACUCGCAGCCCGGCUGCCCUUCAACACUGCCCCUUCCACCGCCCGCCCCGGCAGUGCGCGGCGCUCCCCGGGCCAGGCAUCACCUCCCUCCGCACAGCGCCCAGGUGAACAGCUCGACUCCGCAAUGCCAGAGCCGUGAAGAAAAUCCAAGAUCACAGCCUCACGCAAGCUCUUGUUGAAGAGCCUGAUGCUGGCAAAGGCGAAGGAGGAGUGGGAUCAGGAGAUUGUGGACAAGCAGGCAGAGAAGGAGAGGUACCUGUCUGAGCGGAUCACACCGCUGCGCACCAGUGGGCUUUCCUUGAGCCAGCUCCAGGACCUGUGCAGGGAGCUGCAUGAGAAGGUUGAAAUCGUGGAUGAAGAGAGAUACGACAUCGAAGCGAAAUGCAACCAUAACACUCGGGAGAUUAAAGACCUGAAAAUCAAAGUGCUCGACCUCCGAGGGAAGUUCAAGCGGCCCCCGCUGCGCCGCGUCCGUGUCUCUGCCGAUGCCAUGCUGAGGGCUCUGCUGGGCUCCAAGCACAAGGUGUCCAUGGACCUGAGAGCCAACCUGAAGUCCGUCAAGAAGGAGGACACGGAGAAGGAGCGUCCCGUGGAAGUGGGCGACUGGCGCAAGAACGUGGAGGCCAUGUCGGGGAUGGAGGGACGGAAGAAGAUGUUCGAUGCUGCCAAGUCCCCCACGGGCCAGUGAGAGGAGCAUCAGGAAGAAGAGCCCUCCCCACCCCUGCUGCUGCCACCCUUUCCCCUGCUGCCCCUCUGCUCUUUACACCCUUACACUGAGCUGCAUCGCAUGAACAACCGUGUGGAAAGGAGAUCUGAGCUUUCUCCUCUCAGCUCUGCCAUCAGCCCUGCUCCCUCACUGCCUCGGCACAGCGGUUCCCCGCUAUCACCCCCAUGGGCCACGCUGUCUCCAAGGGGGCACUGGCCAUCCCUCCCCUUCCACCACUGCAGGGAGGACCUGGAGGUGGCUGCUGGUCCUCCCAAACCCCAUCCUCUGGUGGUGCAGCCUGAUGUACCCCCAUGGCUGCAUGUGUAUUAAAGGAUGGUUUCCCAGGCA